AUGAGGCAUUGUCUUCUUCAGCGUGCUCCAUCUGUUCCCCGGACAGCUCGGCGACGCCUUCAUCUCGCCCCGCCGUUUCUGCUUGACAACUACACGCCAAGAUACCUUGGGCUGUCGUCCAGGGACGCCGCGAAAAAGCGCUCGUUGGCCUACGCCCACCUGCGCAACUGCAACCUGUGCCCGAGACAAUGCGGCGUCAAUCGCCACGAGACGACGGGCAUGUGCCUCAUUGGCGACACGGCCAAGGUCAAUGUGAUUGCGCCGCAUUUUGGUGAAGAGCCGUGUAUCCAGGGGCACAAUGGCAGUGGCGCGGUAUUCAUGAGCGGGUGCAACAUGCGCUGCAUUUUCUGCCAGAACUACGACAUUGCCCACCAGCGCAACGGAAUGGACCUGACCCCGGAGGCGCUGGCGGAGUGGUAUCUCAAGCUGCAGGACGUCGGCAAUGUGCACAAUAUCAACAUUGUCACCCCCGAGCACGUGGUGCCCCAGGUGGCGCUGAGCAUCCUGCACGCCGCCGAGCUUGGGCUGAGGCUGCCCAUCGUCUACAAUACGUCGAGCUACGACUCGCUUGCGUCGCUCGAGCUCAUGGAUGGGCUGGUCGACAUCUACCUAGCCGACUUCAAGCUGUGGGAGCCUAGCACGUCCAAGCGGCUGCUCAAGGCAGAUGACUAUCCCCAGACCGCCAGAGAGAGCAUCAAGGCCAUGCAUAAGCAGGUUGGUGACCUGUGCUUCACGGGCGAUGGCAUUGCCAAAGUAGGACUGUUGGUCAGGCACUUGGUGAUGCCUGGAAGGGAGGCCGAGGGUGCAGAAAUCAUGCGAUUCUUGGCAUCCGAGUAUCAUCCAGACGCGCACGUGGGGAAGAAGAAACGGAGAACAAAGGCAUCCGGGGCCGUGGAGGGGGCCAAGGGCCAAACCGAGCCGGACGAGGGCGAUCCGGAUGUUCGAUACAGCGACAUCAACCGCGCGGUAACGAACGAGGAAGUCUCAGUGGUACGAAAAGCGGCCAUGGAGGCUGGCCUCUGGAGGUUCUGCGACCCGCCGAAACACGGUGGGUUCGUUAUCUGA